AUGUUACGCUUCCUGAGUCGAAGAUACCGAGGACGAAAGGAUGUACGUGACCAGAAGGCGGUGUCAUCAUCGACGUCUACUUCUGAAAACGCCGAAGGUAUUAUUUUCGUCGGUGAUGCUGCAGAGUCGAAGAACUACAUCAUCUGCAAGGUGAUUCUGCUGGAUGGUAGUGAACUGACCUUGGCAUUGCCGAAGAAAGCGUUGGGAAAGGAUCUGUGCGACCAGGUUUUGUUCCAUCUGGACAUCGAAGAACGUGACUACUUUGGCUUGCAGUUUAUGGACCACUGUCAUGUACAGCAUUGGCUUGAUCCUGCCAAAAAGAUACGAAAGCAAGUGCCAAUCGGCCCUCCGUACACGUUUCGGUUUCGAGUAAAGUUUUAUUCUUCAGAACCUAAUAAUCUUCACGAAGAAAUCACGAGGUAUUUGUUGUUUCUCCAGUUAAAGCAGGACAUCCUGACUGGUAAACUGGACUGUCCCUACGAAACUGCGAUCGAGCUGGCUGCCUUGGCCUUGCAGUCCGAGCUAGGCGACUACAAUGAAAACGAACACACGCCGCUACUGGUAUCCGAAUUUCGUUUCGUUCCUUAUCAGACCGAGCAAACAGAACUGGACAUUUUAGAAAAGUUCAAAACCCUAAAAGGUCAGAACCCUGCCCAAGCAGAACUGAACUACUUGAACAAGGCCAAGUGGUUGGACAUGUACGGCGUGGACAUGCAUACGGUGAUGGUUCGUUGCUUUAGUUUUGGUUGUUGUUGA